AUGAGCAAACGAGAACUCAUGCGUAAGCAAUCCACCGCUCGAAAACCAAGAAAGUUGCUCAACCAGGCGUUCCAAGGUCACACUACCCUCUACACACAUUUUUGGGAAGAAAAAAUCAUGAUCGUUGUAGAGCGUCCCCGAGACGCAGUCGACGCGGGAACGACUUUGCAAGCGUCAACUUGCCGCCCUCGGGACCCAAGAGUCACCGGGUCGCACCGAUUAGCGUUACGCGAGCGCUUAAGUCCCACAUCGUCAUUGUGGCGUUCUUUAUGGUCAGAAGAGAGCUCCAAAGGUAAACCGUCCUGCGAGCGGUAUCCAGAAGUUCAAACUUGCCCCGCCGUGUACUCCCGAGCCACUAAUUUUUAUUCUUCCCAAGAGUUGCACCUCGCAUUGGGAAGAGCCGGGCCUGAAGAACAAGGUUCCUCCAAAUCAAUUUCAAUUGACCCUUACUGGGCAAAUCUUCAAAUAAAGUAUCUCUGGGAAGACUUCAACUCGAUUACUGAGGACCGUAUAACUCUGAAAAAGGUCAUUGCAAACCGAAAAAAGAAAGAAAAAAUUACCACCAAGGAUAGCUACGGUUACUAUGGGACAUCAUAUGUUGAUUCAAAGCCUGUCCUUUGUGAACAUGUUGAAAAUUUAGAGUUGAUCCACAAAAGCUUGGAAGAACACAUUGAAAACGAAUUGGAAAAAUGGGCAAAUGAGAAUGAUUUCCCAGACCCCAAAAUUGUAAUAUAA